CUCGGCGGCGCCUGCGAGCUCCAUGUACCGGCGCCCCGGGAGCCCCUGGGCCCGCCCGGCCUGGCCGCCGCCGCCUGCGGGGCCCCUGCCGCGGAAGAUGCCGGGAUCGAGCUGCUCCACGGGACCACCACGCUGGGCUUCAAGUUCCAGCAUGGCGUGGUGGUGGCCGUGGAUUCGCGGGCCACAGCUGGCUCAUAUGUGGCCUCACAAACGGUGAAGAAAGUGAUCGAGAUCAAUGCAUACCUGCUGGGCACCAUGGCAGGUGGCGCGGCUGACUGCAGCUUCUGGGAGCGCCUGUUGGCCCGGCAGUGCCGCAUCUAUGAGCUCCGCAACAAGGAGCGCAUCUCCGUGGCAGCUGCCUCCAAGCUGCUGGCCAACAUGGUCUACCAGUACAAGGGCAUGGGGCUCAGUAUGGGCACCAUGAUCUGUGGCUGGGACAAGCGGGGGCCAGGCCUCUACUAUGUAGACAGCGAGGGGAACCGCAUCUCAGGCACAGCCUUCUCUGUCGGCUCGGGCUCGGUGUAUGCCUAUGGGGUGAUGGACCGUGGCUAUGCUCCCGACAUGACGGUGGAGGAGGCCUACAACCUGGCCCGGCGCGCCAUCUACCAGGCCACGUACCGUGAUGCCUACUCUGGGGGCGUAGUCAACCUCUACCACGUGCGCCAGGAUGGCUGGGUCCGUGUCUCCAGCGACAACGUGGCUGACCUGCACGACCAAUAUCAGGGUGCCACAGAGGGCACGCCUCCCUGAGGGCACAGACUGUGGGCGUGGCUUAUCCAAGACGGGGAGUGGCAUUGGUGUGGAAGUGGGUGUGGUUUAACUGGUGACAGGAAUGGCGUGGGGUAUGGAUGAGAUUAAGUGACAUGUAUUGGCUACAAGGGUGGGACAUUAGGGCUACUAGGAUAAUGCCUCACCCACUAGGGGAAGGCCUGGGGCUACAGAUGGGUAGGGGGUGCUAUGGAGUGGGAGGGGGCAGCCUGCUGUGGCGCCACUGGUUACAUGGGGGGUUACAUAUAAAUCUUGUCUCCUUA